CCCCAGUGGCCCUGAUGAACAUCCGGGUUUCCCGCUGGCACCGCUGCUGUGGCUCUCAGGAGCCAUUUUGGACGCCGUUCAGCUUUCCGCAUAUCAAUCCCUCCUUCCACCUCCAACUGCCCCGGCAGAGGCGGAGAAACACGCACCAGGACGCACACAAGGGGGGUUUCGCUUCUACUCCAAGCGCCCAAACUCACGCUCCCACUGCUGCCGCCUGGCCAGAAUGAAAAGCUGGAUGUUUGCGGCAUCAGGGAAUUUGUUUCCGAUCCGCGCGCUUCUGAGUGAUACACUGUGUUGUUGUGAAGAGCUCGUGUUGUUAUUGUAGCGGGUGAAGAAUAAGCGCGCGGGCCUUCGCGUUCAUGUGCUUCAUUUCAUUCUUAAAUGCUUUCGAGGCAUAAAGGACACCAUUUAUCGCCAGGAUCCUCGAAGGAAGGAAUAUGUUUGUUACCUGGCUGACUUUUGCACUCGUCUGGUGCACAGGAGGCAGUCAGGCGGAGGUGGAGACUAGAGAGUGUGUCUACUACAAUGAUAACUGGCGGACGGAGAAAACCAAUCAGAGCGGUUUCGAGAGGUGUGAGGGGGAGAAAGACAAGAGGCUGCACUGUUACGCCUCCUGGUUGAACUCCACCGGAACAAUCCGCCUGGUCAAAAAAGGCUGCUGGCUCGAUGACUUCAACUGUUACGACAGACAGGAGUGUGUGGCCACGGAGGAGAGUCCGCAGGUGUUCUUCUGCUGCUGUGAAGGAAACUAUUGCAAUGAGAAGUUCACACACCUGCCAGAAGCCAUCGCUCCUGCAGUAAAGAUCCAGCCUCCUCAGCCGGGGCCGUCUCUGUGGGGUGUGCUGGUUUAUUCUCUUCUUCCUUUCUCCAUUCUCUCUCUGGCCCUGGUGCUCGCCUGCUGGACGUACCACCAACGAAAACCCCCCUACAGACACGUCGAAAUCGGCCAGGAUGCUGGUCUUCCUCCACCGUCUCCUCUGGUUGGCCUGAAGCCACUUCAGUUGCUGGAGUUGAAGGCCAGAGGGCGCUUUGGCUGCGUCUGGAAGGCCCAGUUACUGAGUGAAUAUGUGGCGGUGAAAAUAUUUCCCAUCCAGGACAAGCAGUCGUGGCAAAAUGAAAGAGACAUUUACCUCACCGAGGGUUUUAAACACGAGAAUAUUCUACACUACAUCUCAGCGGAAAAACGCGGCACAAACCUUCAGAUGGAGUUGUGGCUGGUCACAGAAUUCCAUGAACGGGGUUCACUCACAGAUUACCUUAAGGGAAACCCGGUGAGCUGGCCUCAGUUGUGCCAUAUUUCAGCAAGUAUGUCCCGUGGCCUGGCGUACCUUCAUGAAGACCUUCCUUACCGAGCAGAGGGACCCAAACCCGCCAUCGCACACAGAGACUUCAAGAGUAAGAAUAUCCUGCUCAAGACUGAUUUGACCGCAGUGAUUGCAGACUUUGGGUUGGCUGUCUGCUUCGAGCCUGGGAAACCGCCUGGAGAUACACACGGCCAGGUGGGAACUUGGCGUUACAUGGCUCCAGAGGUGUUGGAGGGAGCCAUUAAUUUCCAAAGGGAUGCCUUCCUAAGGAUCGACAUGUACGCUCUAGGACUGGUGCUGUGGGAGCUGGUGUCUCGCUGCACUGCCUCCGAUGGUCCUGUAGGUGAGUACCAGCUGCCCUUUGAGGAGGAGGUGGGCCAACAUCCUUCACUGGAAGAUCUUCAAGAUGUGGUGGUCCACAAGAAGAUGCGGCCCGUCUUUAAAGACUGUUGGAUCAAACAUCCGGGUUUGACCAUAGCUAAUUUUGACCUCUUUCUCUGCGGUUCGGUUAGGGUUUGGGCCAGUUCGGGCUGCGUGGAGGAGCGCAUCUCCAGCAUCUCCAAGACCACCAACACCAUCAACACGUCUACCUCGGAGUGCCUGGUCUCCAUGAUGAUGACGUCCCACAGCGACACAGACCUUCCUCCCACCUGAACGCCCGCCUCCAAACAUCAGGGACUGCCAACCACUGCGUUCAUCGCUCCAGUAAAUGUGAACUUUGCUGCUAAGUUGAUCUCUGGAUGUCAUGUAUUUAAUUUCUUGGAUCGUUUUCACCAGCACAUUCAUCUACUGUACUCUUCCGAGAGGAAGGCACACACAGAAAAACCUCAAACGUGAGAAGACCGAACUCUCAGAGGGCAUUCAGGGGAUCGUUUCAGACUGCUGGGAAAUGAGCACACGUUACCUCAUCGGAUUUAAUGCCAUUUUUAUGUUGUUUUUUUGCCUUCACUCCAUGAAUACCUCCAUCCGAAUGCUCAACCCUCGGGUUUUAUCAAGACUACGCAACGAUCUGAUGACUGUUACACAACCUUCCAAGAGCACACAAGGUCCUUUUUGUACUCAGUGAAUUUUAGUCUAGUUUUAACGUACCCUUUCUUCCUCGAAAUGUCUCGUGGGAUGUUGUUAUUUGUCGUGUUUUUCCGGCAGUUGUCUGGGACACUGGAAGCUGAAGGCAGCGGGACUGUUAUGAUUCGAGUUGCCUUUCGCAGCGUCAGGAUUGGUUUUAAUGUAGCAUCCGCUUGUGUUGAAGUAUUUGAAGUCAGACGUGCCAUCAGUUCAGCGUUCAUUGUUUCCGAGUGACAAGAGCCGCAGUUGAAGUGUUAGUUCUGCGGCUGCGUGAAGAGCAGCGCAGUGCCACAGGUUUGAUUUCUGUCACGGCUCAAUGUUUCGGUGCAUCAGGAAAGCGUGUGAUGUUUAUCCGCUACACUACUCAGGUAAACUCUGUGCAUGUGAUUGUGUGACCGCUCACUCUUACAGCAAUAGUUCUCAGCUGUAUGGUGAAUCUCACCAGGAACAAUCUGGGUCAUGAGUCAUCUGAAAAUCGAAAUGAAAAAUAUAAAGUUAAACAUUCAUGAAAAUGUAGAUUGUUUUUAGGCAGGGGUGCUCCGAUUGAUUGGCACAAUCACAAUCGGCCGAUAAUUGCUUUGGUAUGAUUGAUUGUCGGUCUUUAUGAACUGCAGGAUUGCUUUUAAUAAAGAUUUAAAUGCAAAA